AUGGCUCUGCGCAUCCGUAUGGAAAGUAAGGUACUCACUCUCCGGCUUUCGACCUAUGCUGAUUGUGUUGUUAUCAGUGACUCCACGGAAACUGGAAUGGCUAGGCUUAGUCUAACGGACUCGGAUAAAGACGUGAGGGAAUGGUUUAUUGAGUCUGCAAAAGCCAUUGGGUGUCAUACCUACGUCGACCAAAUGGGCAAUCUCUUUGCGAUCCGUCCCGGAAAGAAUAAAGAUGCCCCUCCCAUCAUGAUGGGUUCCCAUCUAGACACGCAGCCCACUGGAGGACGAUACGAUGGUAUCCUCGGUGUUGUCGCUGGCUUAGAAGUACUGAAAGUACUAGAAGAGAACUCGUUUGAGACAGAAGGAAGCAUUGGAGUUGUUGACUGGACCAAUGAAGAAGGAGCACGAUUCCCGGUGAUGGCUAUCUCAGCUGCCGUCUGGGCUGAGGCAAUUCCUCUCACUACGGCUUGGAAUCUGAAGGAAAUUUCUGCUGGUGAUAACACAGCUCGCAAGACCAUGAAAGAAGAACUCGAUAGGAUAGGUUAUGUGGGAGAAAUGCCAGCUUCUUUCAAGGCCAAUCCUUUUGCUGCCCACUUCGAGCUCCACAUUGAGCAAGGGCCAAUAUUGGAAGACGAAGGCCGAAAGAUCGGUGUUGUGCAAGGUGUUCAAGCAUUUAAAUGGUUCGAUAUCACUGUCAGUGGCAGGGAUAGCCACGCAGGCACAACCCCUCUGUAUGCGCGUAAAGAUGCCAUGCUAUGCGCCGCCAAAAUGAUCACCACAGCGAACUCGAUCGCAAAGAAGGCCAACGGUCUCGCUACGACGGGCAUCAUACACUCUGAGCCAGGAACGGUCAACACUGUAGCUCAAACAAUCAACUUCAGUCUGGACCUCCGCCAUACCUUUGACGAAGAUCUCGAAAAGAUGAUUGCAGACUGCGUGGCCGAAUUCCAGAGAAUUGCGACCGAUGAUAGCGAGCGAGGCUGCACCGUCGAAUGGAAGGAACUGGUCGAUAGUCCCGCUGUUCAUUUUGACAAGGAUUGCAUCUCCAUGGUCGAAGAAAGCGCCAAAGCUGUUCUUUCAGAUGUCCCUGAUCCAGCUUCAGGGGGAAAGCAGUGGCGGGAUAUGAUCAGUGGUGCCGGUCACGAUAGCUGUUACACAAAUCGGCGGUGCCCAACGAGCAUGAUCUUCACACCGACUCGAAAUGGGAUUAGCCACAACCCCGUGGAGUAUUGUUCUCCUGAAGACUGUGCUCUUGGUGCCGACGUCUUGUUAGGCGCUGUUUUAGGAUAUGACAAGCUCCGCGCGAAACGAGGUGACUUUGCGUAA